CUGUCCCCGUGUCCCCUCCCCGUUCCUGUCCCGUUAAAAGCGCUCCCGCUCCGCUCUGUCGCCGAUGUCGCCGCGAUGUCGCCGCUCGCCGAUCCCGAGAAUCCCCCGGCAGCCCCGCGGCCCUGCCGGUGCCUCUGCCCGGACCGGGACCGGGACCCGAACCGGGACCGGGACUGGCACCAGGAGCGGGACAAGAACCGGGACCUGGAGCGGGACAAGAACCGGGACCAGAACGGGCACCAGGACCGGGACGUGAACCCGGACCAGAGCGGGUACCGGAACUGGGACCAGAACCGGGACAUGAGCCGAGACCGGGACCAGAACUGGGGCCAGAAUCGGGACCGGAACUGGGACCAGAACCCGCACCAGAACCAGAACUGGGACCGGAACCGGGACCAGAACCGGGACAUGAACGGGGACCAGAACUGGGAAAAGAACCGGGAGCAGAACUGGGACAUGAACCGGCACCAGAACUGGGACCAGAACCGGGAAAAGAACCGGCACCCUCUCCCGGUCCAGGACUGGGACCGGCACCAGAACCGGGACUUGGAGCGGAACUGGGAUGGUCCCCAGCACCGAGACCAGAACCGGGACCGUCCCCAGCACCGGGACUUGGAGCAGAACCGGGAGCAUCCCCAGCAGCGGGACCAGAACCGGGACUUGGAGCGGAACUGGGACGGUCCCCAGCCGCGGUGCCGGUGCCGGUGCCGGUGCCGGUGCCGCCUGCUCGCGGCGCUCGCCGCCCUGGCCGCGCUGGCCGCGCUCGGAGCCGCCGCCGCCGCCGCGCUGGGGGCGCUCCGGGGGCAGCCCCCGGUGAAGGUGGGCACGGGGGGGGGU